GGCUUAGGUCAGCAGCUUCUGUCACAUCAGGCAGACCGUCCAUUUUUAUGUGAAGUCUAUCUACUGUAGCACUGAAACGAGAGACGUCCUGAGCGUGACAGCCAGGUAGGAGAAGCAAGAUGGGAAAAGUACAGCACAUGGAGUUUUUGGUGUUAAGUUUGUUGAUCUCAACUCAAACUGCAGGUGGUUGUACUAAAACUUCAGUGACUUUGAGACAAAAUAAUUCAUGCCUUCUGGCUGGAGAAAGCUUCCACCUGAGCUGUGAGUUCACAUGUUUAGGAGCCCAAGAUUUUGCACUGCUGCGGAGAAAAAAAAGCCUCAAUGAGAUCGGUGAUGUCCUGGUCAAUAUGACUUCUCUUCAGCCCAAUGUGACUCUUGGUCUGCAUAUCAGCUCGGCUACAAAGGCAGACACUGGUUAUUAUUCCUGCAGGACUGAUCCAGCCAAGACAAUCAGCCGUGAUGUUGUGAUUCAGAUAACAGAUAACGCAGCAACAUGCAAAUGGGUCACACCCGGUACUACACGAGUUUACAGCGCCCUACAGCAGCUCAGUACAGCAGUUAUUACGCCAGAAUUGAAUGUGACUGCACCCAACACGGCACGAGUUGACAGUAACCACCAUCAGCCCAGUACAGCCGGUCUGCAGGGUCAGAUGUGGUUCUGGUUGCUGCUGGGAAAAGCUUCUUUCCUCCUCCUCAGUUUGGCUUCUCAGGCUCUAAAACACAUGAGCAGAUGAAAGAGAACAUGAAGAGAAUUCACAUCCCUCCUCAGUACCAGUGCACCUUUCAUUCAUGCAACUUAGCUGUUUCCACGUCUGUGUUCAUUAAGUCUGUGUGCUCUUAUAUUGGCAAAUUGUAUCUACAACACAAAAGAAAUUAACAACUUUGACUG